AUGGCUAAGGUGAGGAAGGUUGAGGUGAGGAAGGUUGAAGUGAGGAAGGUUGAGCUGGGGAAGGUUGAGGUGAGGAAGGUUGAGCAAGGAAGGUUGAGUCUUUACCGGACCAACAUAGCAGCAGGUUUCACUUCUGUUGCUUCGCUUUCUUCAAUUAUCCCAUGCGAUAUUGCUCUAGAUGAUAUUGAUUCGUUUCUUAACUACUUUCAGUGGCUUGCGCAAGCCAUUAACAUUUCAUCUUUUUUGCAGUUUAUUGUUGUAGAAAUUCGGUUCCAAUAUUUAAGUGGAUUAAGAACAGGAAAUUCUCCUAUAUUCGGUAUGCAGUCUGCAACAACUGUUCGAAAAAACGGUGCUGAUGAAUUUCUCAACUCUGAAAAUGAUAAGAAUGAUUAUGAUUGGCUUUUGACUCCCCCUGGUACUCCUCUUUUUCCUUCACUGGAAAUGGGAUCAUCGAAAACCGUCAUGAACCAAAAUGGAACUCAUAAGGCUCAUCCGAGUGCAGCAAAGUCUAGAGUGCGUGCGAUUCCAUUCACGCUUAAUCCUCAAAUGGUAAAUGAUAAUACUGCGUAUUCUUCGGAAAAACAGUUUUGCAUCUGGCAGUUCAAUUUCCGUGAGUUUAACGUGAAUGAUGAUGUUUUCGCAAAUGAUUCUGUUGAGCUGUUGAAACAGAGCGGUAUCGAUUUUAAGAAAAAUAACGAAAACGGAAUCGAUGCGCGUAGAUUUGGCGAGUUGUUGAUAUCUUCAGGGAUUGUGCUGAAUGAUAGUGUGUAUUGGGUAACAUUUCACAGUGGAUAUGAUUUCGGAUAUUUGUUGAAAGUGUUAACAUGUCAGAAUCUGCCGGACACACAAUCUGGAUUUUUUAGUUUGAUUAAUAUGUAUUUUCCCACCAUUUUCGAUAUUAAACAUCUGAUGAAGUUCUGCAACAGUCUUCAUGGUGGGUUGAAUAAGUUAGCUGAGUUAUUGGAAGUCGAAAGGAUUGGUGUGUGUCAUCAAGCGGGUUCGGAUAGUCUGCUUACUGCGUGUACUUUCAGGAAGUUGAAGGAUAAUUUCUUCAGCGGCUCGUUGGAGAAGUAUGCUGGUGUCUUGUAUGGUUUAGGUGUCGAUAAUUGACGACAAUGGUAGAGGAAAUAAGCAACGAUUUGUUAUAAAAGAUAUCGAUAUGUUGGUUUUGUUUGUUCUUGUUUGCGAUAUAUUCAUGGUUUACAUUUUUUUAUGAUUUAUAAUAAAAAGAUGCAGCUGGUAUUUGAUGUCUA